AUGGUUUCACUGAUAAACAUGUCAAUGCAUUGCUUGUGGUACGAAAUAUUUGGAGCUGGAACAGAAUCUACGACUGCUACGAGUGAAUGGAUGCUUGUAGAACUCCUUAGAAAUCCACAAGCCUUACAAAAACUCCGUGAUGAAAUAUCACAAGUAGUAGGAGGAGGUAAGGGCAUUAUAAAGGAAUCCGAUUUGCCAAGCUUACCAUACUUGGACGCUUGUUUUAAAGAGACACUAAGGUUGCAUCCUCCUGGACCGUUGUUGCUCCCUCACCGUGCAGUGCAAACAUGUGAAGUCAUGGGGUACAGAAUUCCCAGAAACACUCAAGUGCUGGUCAAUAUGUGGGCAAUUGCAAGGGAUUCAAAGAUUUGGGACGAUCCUUCGAGCUUCAAACCUGAAAGAUUUAUCAAUUCAAAAUUCAACAACAAAGGGCAAAAGUUUGAGUAUCUUCCUUUUGGUUCGGGGAGAAGAAUAUGUGCUGGAGAACCCUUGGCAUCAAGGUUUAUUCCGUUAGCUGUCGCUUCAUUGAUCCAUAAGUUCGAUUGGAUUCUGCCAAAUGAAAUGGAUCCGGCUAAGAUUAACAUGGAUGAGGUAUUGGAUGUCACCAUGUUUAAGAAAGAUUCACUUUUUGUUAUUCCUAAAUUGCGGAGUGUGUGA